GCUGCGCACCUGUGGACGGUAAAUUUAUUGUGUUAUUUUUGCGAUUUUGGUGAAAUUUUUGUGUAAUUGAAAAUAAUGUGCAAACAACAUUAAAAAAGCUAAAGAAACGCCGGAGCAACUAGAAAUCAAUCAUAAACAAGCAUCUUGCAGCAAUCAAAUUAAUUGCUAUGAGCCUCAACAAAUAAGUAUGUAAAUUCAACAAAAGAAGUCUUUGCUACCAAAUUAGCAGAAAAUGCCGCAACGCAACAAAAAAUAUACAAGAAAUUAACAAUAAAUACCACUAAGAACAAGCCAAGUCUCUGAGAGAGCAAACGCAGUAAAAAGAAAAGCAAACAAUUUAUGCAAAAAUGCGACGAAAGUCACCAAACUUAAAGCAAGGCAAACAAUACAGUCGAGCUGACUACAACAACAACAACAAAGACGAAAACAACAACAACACUAGCAAUAGAAUGUCUGGCAGUCAGUGGCACAUUUGGCACUUGUCAGCCACGCUGCUGUCAAUUUCUUUGCUGCUGCUACUUCACACAGCGGCUGCCCAUCAUAAUGACAUCUCACAGAUCUCACCCAAGUCCAGCAGCUACAAGAACGCUCAGUUGAGCAUAGAGAGUACCAUGGCCGAGCUGAAUCCAAUGCCAGCGAGUCAGGAUACCACGCAUGUGGAGAAUGAGACACGUGCGCGCGUUGAGCGCUCCGCUUCGCCCAUCUUAAACGACCAAACGGGACUCAAUGACUUAAAGGACAAUGGCAAGGAUCUGUCGGGACGCUAUUUUCAGUACAACAUCAAACCCACAGGCACCAUUGAUCAGUUGUCGGAGCAACAGCAGCCGGAGCGCACCCAACGCGCCAGAGCGGGCAAAACCUUGGAAGCCAGUUCGAGUUCCAGCGCUGCCACUGAGCAGCCUUUUUUAGUGCAAGGGGACCUUCGACCGCUUACGUCGGGGUCCCCAAUCAGCCCGAGCAAGAGUACUGCCAGCUCGGUGGCAACGACGACUGCGCUGCAUAGUGCGCGUCAGAAUGGCAAUCCGGAUAUACAGGACAUUAUCACAGGCAUUGUGAAGCUGCUCAAUGGCAAUGUGAAUGUGCAUGCCAAUACGCAAGGACCACGCCCACGUCCAGCAGCAAAUCGCAUAAACAAUCGUGGACCGCCACGCAUCUCUGAGUCCCAGCCCAUGCCCAUUGAUUAUGAGGCCCAAAAGCCAGGCACCUCGAUGCGACCACCGCCGUAUCCUUUCGAUCGUCCGGAGCGUCCUUUUAUUACCGGCGUACCCAUACCCGAGCAGAUAGUGCCUGUGCGUCCGGGCUUCGUUAGCAAUCGUCCGCCUUGGUAUCGUCACAAGCCACGCCCACCCAUUACCACCAGUGUCAAUGGACAGCGACGUCCCUUGCCGCAGUAUCAGCCGCUGCCAACGUCGCCGCCGCAGCAGCCAAUACAACAACAACAGCAGCAGCAGCAGCAACCACAAGGCGAACUGGAGCUUACAUUAGAUGCAGUGCAGCCUACAGACACCACCUACGACUCAGAGUUCUCCAACGAAGAUGCCAAUGAGCAGUACAUCGAAGUCUCCGAUCAGGAUAACGAUGCAGCGGCCAGCGCUGGCGAUACUGAGGAGGAGUCUUCGCCUAUCCCAACACAGCAAAGCAAGCCCAACGAAAAUCAUGCACAUGCACAUCCACAUGAGCAUGAAGGCUACACCACCAUCAUAGAAACCAGUUCGGUGGUUAAUACUGUGAUGGGUCACUCCUCCAGCUAUGUGCCCAUGUCUAUGGAAAGUCAUAGUGCAGAGCUAGAUCCCUCCACUGAGGAAGUCAUCUUUAUGACUGCCAGUCGCACUCCCGUAUUGGAGAUCAGUAGCAGCACCAGCAGAACUACGACCGCAGCUUUGGAUACACCGUCUCCGACGCCAAGUAGCGCCAUACCCAUGACUACCACCACAUCCACAACUAGCACCACUACUACCACCACUAGCUCCACUACUACUACCACCACCACCACCACCACUGAAAAAGCGCCUACUGCCAAUGCUCCCACGCCCACUCCAUCCGCAAAGCCCAACGCCUCCUAUCAUCCCCGCCCCGGCCUUGUAUUAGAUGAUCCCGAAUUCAAGCCCGGUGGACGCCCGCGUCCGCCAGCACAGCGUCCAACUGCGCCACAGCUGCCCAUACAGCCCACACGUCAGCAGCUGCCGCCAGGCUAUGGCGAAAUCUUUGAUGUAACGCUUUCGGCUAUACAAGGACCUGGACCCAAGGGCAGCGGCUCACAGCAGACCAUAAACAUAAAGCCUUAUGGUAGCUAUGGAGCGGCAGCGGGAGGGGGAGGUGGAGCGGGAGCAGACAUUAUAGUGUCGGCAGCAGGUGACGAUGGCUUCGUCUCAAUUGAUGGCAAACGCACUUACAUCAAUCUAUUUGGUGAUCCCACAGAUGCGCCCACAGUUGGUGCCAGCACGCCAGCAACACGUUUGCCGCAACUGCCAGGAGCGGCAGCAGGUGCAGCAGCAGCAGCAGGAGCUAGUGGUGCAGCAGCAGCUACAACAGCAGGUGGACAUGCAGUUACCCCCAGCAGCAAUGGCUAUGUGGUGCCCGAGACGGAGGUAGUGGAGUUGCAGCCGCAGGGCGCGGCAGGCUCAAGCGCUGGAACAGGCGCCACCACACAUGCGUUGCCCACACGCCCGCAUUAUCGCCAGCGCCCCACGCAGCCGCCAGUGCGCAUUGAUACCUGCAUAGUGGGGGAUGACACCACCUGUGACCAGGCGCAGCACGAACGCUGCAAGACAGACAACGGCGUCUCCAGUUGUCACUGUCGACCGGGUUACUCGCGUCGCAAGCAUCGUGAGCCAUGUCGUCGUGUCAUCUCGUUCCAUCUGGGUCUGCGCGUGGAUCGCAUUUACGAGCAUCGCAUUGUCUGGGAUAACAAGCUGCUGGAUCGCAAUAGCGAACCCUAUGGCCAGCUCAGCUACGAAGCUGUGCGCGCUCUGGACUCGGCCAUGUCUAUGACACCCUACUCGGAUGAGUUCAUGGAGGCCAAGGUCAACAAUAUAUACCGUGGAGAUCCGAAUCUAGGCGGCAGUGGUGUCUACGUCAAUUUGACGCUCAAGUUGGAUGAAAGCGUUGAAACACUGCGUCCCAAUCUGCGCAGCGAUGUGCAGAAGCAUCUGCUGGGCGUGCUGCAUCGUCGCAACAACAACAUUGGCAACUCGGUGCUCUAUGUGAGCUCACCCGAAGGCGCUGUUUCCGCCUUGCAUGAUAUCGAUGAAUGUCAAUCCGCGGAGCUGAACGAUUGUCAUGCCAGCGCCACUUGCAGCAACAGCUGGGGCAGCUUCCGUUGCGCCUGCGAGGCGGGCUUGCGAGAUCCCUGGGCUGAUCAGCCAGCGCGCGCUGGUCGUGACUGCCAAGCCUGUCCGGACUCUUAUUGCAAUAAUCGUGGCAUUUGCAGCUACAAUGAUGAGGGCGCGCAGGUCUGCGCCUGCGAUUCGAGUCACUAUGGCGCACAGUGCGAGAUCGAUGGUGAGGUGCUGGGUGUGGCCAUUGGCGCAUCAGUGGCAGCUGUCAUCAUCAUUGUGCUGACGCUGGUGUGCCUGAUCAUGUGGUCACGUCGCUGGCAGCGUGAGCAGAAGAAUGCCAUGGGCUCACCUGUCUUUGGCUAUAUGAACACGGCGCCUUUGAAAUCUGCGGGCUUGCCACAGGCGGGCUACCAAGUGACGCUCGAGGAUCGCAUGCGCUGGGCACAAAUUGCAGAUGUUAUGGCGCAAACGAAUCAUUAUGGCGCGGAACCAAUCGGACCUACGCGUCCCUCCUCGGCCAUGUUUGCAUAUCCGAAUCUGGCUGCUAUGGGCAUGGGCACCAUUGGUGGCAUGUCGCUGCAGAGCACCAUGCAAAUGCAUCCAAGCGUCAGUCUGGCGCCGCCAGUGCCAUUGCCCAGAAGACUUGGCCUGGGUCCACGCGCAAGUGGCAUGCGCACGCUGGAAAACUCUAGCUCCAGUGAAGAGGAGGAUCGUGCCGAUCUGCUAGGACGCAACUUUCAAGUGCCACGCCCCAAGAGUCGCAGCAAUGGCAGCAUUGCGAAUCAAUCGGGCAUCUACUAUGAUGUCGACUAUGAGCCAUCUGGCAAUGGCAUUGGUAACACCAGCGUCGAUCAUCUUUAUGGCUCGCAGCAGCAAUCUGUUCACUCAUCGGGCAAUAAUCAUAUACCCGGGCCCCAAGGCAUACCCAUGAGCACCUACACAUCCGGACGUGCUCCCAGUAGUUACUACAUGAAAUAAGCCUGCCCCGCCCCUCUCAAUCCCUGGACACGUCUACUCUAGUUUUAAAUAGCGCCUGUAAAUAUGCAAUCUAAGCCUUAGUUAAGCUGCCACACGAAAACGCUUUUCCCUUGCAGUCCACGCCGUCUAAUGUCCGCUUACUGCAACUGAGACGCGUUUUUGUGUGGCCCACACAGCAAUUUGUAGACUUAGCUCAUAGUUUCUCUUACACAAAAGUCUUGCUAUCGCUAUACCCAAAUAGUUAAGCUUAGGCCUAGUUGAAAGCAAUGUAAACGAUCACUAAUCAUUAGUGUUUAAAUUAAUUAACUAAACGUAUGCUUAAAUUAUUUUCAC